CGUGUGCGAUACAGCAGGGUAGUAGCAACCUGCUUAAGAGCGGGGCAGCGAGCCGUAACAUCAACGUUGUGACGAGUAACCGCGCAGCUUGUCACAAACACGAGGCUCGUUUGGCAGCCGAACUCUAGACCAUGUCUCGUCACCACCAGCCCCGGGCCGGCUCGGCCCUGGCUUCAUCCCUACUCCUGGCGGCGGCCCUGCUGCUGACCUCGUGGGCGGCAGCGCCCGCGUCAGCCGAGGAGUUCUCCGGCUGCCUGCCUUCCAUUGGCCUGUCGCUGCGGCGGCUGAGCUCGUUCAAGUCGGGCAACUGGACCGGCACCACCUCCAUGGAAGUCAUGGACUACGACCCCUUCUCCAAGCUCUCGGCUGUGGUGGAGGCGCGCGCGGCGAGCGUGCUUGCGCUGCUGGUUGUGAACCACGCCGAUCCCGCCAACCCCUCCAUCCACCUGCGCAUCAACGUUAGCUCCUCAGCCGGAGAGGGCGACACCGUGGGAGUGCCCAACAGCGUGGCUGUGUACAACGGCUACGCGGCGCUGUCGCUGGACGGCGUGCCCUCCACCGCCCCCGGCAUCCUGCGCAUCUACAACCUGGCCAGCGGCGUCAAGGUGGGCGAGACCGUUCUGCCCGGCUGCGCCAUGCCCGACUCCGUGGCGUGGACCCGCGACGGCGGCCGCCUUGUGGUGGCAUGCGAGGGCGAGCCAGCAACCCAGGAGGUCCGCGGCUCCGACCCGAAUGUGGACCCCAACCCCGUGGGCGCCAUUGCCAUCGUGACCGCCACCCGCACCGGCUCCUUCACGCCCGUGGGAUCCUUCCCCACCUACUUCUACAGCCUGAGCUCCAAGCUGCUCAGCUUCCAGACCUACAUCGACUCGCUGUCUGGCAAGGCCUACUCCACGCUUCUGGACAAGGGCCUGAAGAUCGACCCGCGACUGUCCAAGUCGACCGCGGGCCGUGACAUCGAGCCUGAGUACGUUGCCAUUCCCUCGGACCGCAAGAACCUCAACGCAUACGUCACCCUCCAGGAGAACAACGCCGUGGCUGUGAUCGACCUGACGGCGGGCCGCGAGCGCAUCAAGUCCAUCUGGCCGCUGGGCUGGAAGAACUGGUCCCGCCACGCCAUCGACCCCUCCGAUAGGGACGGCACCCGCCUGCGCACCGUGCCCGGCCUCUACUCCUGGCUGCAGCCCGACACCAUCGUGCACGAGGCCAUCGGCGCCCGCAGCUAUCUGUUCAUUGCCAACGAGGGCGACUCCAAGUCUGAGUCCCUGUCCGUCAAGGACCUCACGGCGGCGGCACUGGACCCCGAGGUGUUCCCCAACGCCACAGCGCUGGUGGCGGACGCGGAGCUUGGCCGCCUGGCCAUUGACCCGCUGUCGGGCCUGAAGAAGGGCUACGACAGGUCCAAGACCUUCGACAAGCAGGGGCCUUACGACAAGCUGUUUGCGUACGGCGGCCGGUCGUGGGCCAUCCUGGACGCGGGUAACGGCCGUGUGGUUUACGAGAGCGGCGACGAGCUGGAGCAGCUGACUGCCAACCACCCCGUCGCCUCGCGCUGCUUCAACUGCGACCGCGACCGCAACCUUCCGGACACACGCUCCGACAACGCCGGGCCCGAGCCCGAGGCGUUGGAGGUUUUCAAGCUCGGCAGCAGGACGUAUGCGGCCAUCGGUCUGGAGCGCAUGGGCGGGUUCGUGCUGUACGACGUGAGCACCCCCGCCAACCCCAUCCUGGGCGGCUACGUCUACAACCGCAACUUCGACCCCGCGCUGGGCUCCAACGCAGCAGCCCUUGGCGACCUGGCGCCCGAGGGGAUCAAGUUUGUGGCUGCGGGCGACAGCAACAGCGGCAAGCCGCUGCUGCUGCUGUCCAACGAGGUGUCGUCCACCGUCAGCGCCUGGGAGAUCAGCAACUGCUAAGAAAGGAGUUGAUUUGAGGUGGAAUGUGUCGUGGCGGCCUCUGGGUGAUUACGCAAUGCGCCUAUGCCGCUUACUUGGAUGGCAGCGACACCGACUGACCACAAUGAUGCAACGCACGCAGUGAUCCGGUCAUGCAUUCACGUAAUCUGUUGCAGCACUGAGGUUCAUGACAGCGAGCCGUGCCUAGCCGUGCGUGCGCGAUGGCGCCGAUUCUCUUCCUUCUCCACUGAUCCACUACCCACACGCACUUUCUUUUGUGCCGGAUCAACCAGGAUAAACGGACCACGUUGACGAACCCAUUAUCUCAACGGUUGUGAUUUUUACACCAUGGAUUAGGGAUGCACGGAUUGCUGCAAUCCAAGGCUGCAAUGAAUGUAUGGGUGGCGGUGUGGUGCUGGCACGCAUGCGGCUUGCUACGGUUGCGCAUACGGUAGCCUUUCCUCUAGAAGCCGACACAAUCAUCUUCAUCCAACACCAUUGCAUUGCGUGAUUAUCACGCUUGGAGAAAGGCAGGGACCUGGGUUGACUAGAUGUGGGCACGACGUUACGUGAAUGGGUGUCAGUGAGGUUGGACGGAACAUACAGCAGGGGACAAUGUACGGUAUGCCGCAAUUUUCUGGGGAUUGUGAGGCAAACAGAGACCGGUGCGUGAGGACAUUGGUAUACGGUAUCUCCUGCUGUGGUGUGGGAUGCGAAGUGCAGUUAUCCCCAGGGCGAGCUAGCCCUCGCCUGCUGCUGGCUAGUCCGCUGCGCCCAAUCACCACAGCACGGGGUCGUGGCACGCUGUACUGCGGCAGAGGACACUUGCCAACAGCUGACUCGGGCAACAGCUAGUGCCGGCCGUGCUUCAAAGGCAAAGCAUUAUCC